CGACCACCUGCGACGACGACGACCGCCCAUCAAACACCAGCAGCAGCGCAGUCAUGGCCAAGAAGAGAAAGGCGGCGGGUGCGGGCGCGCCCAAAGCGCCGGUCCAAGAGGACUCGCGCAUGAGGAUUCAUACGUACGAAGAUGUCGCCGACUCCGAGGACGAGUUUCACAUGAACCGCGACAAGGUGUUGCUGGACGAGGGCCCCGUGGCCAAGAAGAUGCGGAAGUACCGGGAAGAGGACAAAUUCCUGCAACCUUCAGAUGAGGAAAUCCUCGACGCUGGCAGCAGCGACGACGACGACGACAACGAGGACGAAGACCUUGACGACGCCAGCGAUGUCUCCCAAGACGAAACCCCCGGACUGCGCAAGCCCGCCGAGGAGGACGACGAGCAAGAGCUUGGAGCGUGGGGGGCCUCGAAAAAAGAUUACUAUGAUGCUGACGCCAUCGAGACGGAGCAGGAUGCCUUGGACGAAGAGGCAGAGGCGCGGCGCAUCCAGAAGAAACAGCUGCAGGCCAUGACUGAGGCCGACUUUGGCUUCGACGAAGACGAGUGGCUCGGCGAAGACAGCCAGAAGGAUGCUGCAGGCAGCGCUGUGGUCACCGAAGUCUUGCCCCAGCUCCAGAUUACUGACGCCAUGUCGGAUGAGGACAAGAUGAAGAUCAUGCGAACGCGGUAUCCCGAAUUUGAGCACAUCUCCAAGGAAUACUUGCGACUACAGCCGCUGCACGAGGAACUGGCCGCUGCCGCCAAUGCUGCCCAGAGGAUGCUGAAGGCGCAGACGGAGCACAAGGACAGGCCCGUUCCCACGCCCAUGGUCAUCACAAAGUAUCGGGCAUGUGCCGCCUACCUUGCUGCAAUGGCCAUGUACUUUGCCAUUCUUGGCUCCACGGCUACGGACGAUUCAUCUCAGGCCGUCGCCAUGGACCCUGCCCAGCUACACGAGCACCCCGUGAUGGAAAGUUUGCUCAAGUGUCAGGAGAUGUGGACGCGUGUAGAGGGCCUACCAAUUGCUGAUCCCAUGGUCGAGGCUGAAAAUGGUGAUAACGUUUCGGAGCACGAGGCUAGUCCCGCCGAGAUCGACGCAGCCGAUUUGGCUGUCAAGAAACCUACGAAGCAGAAGAAGACCAAGGCGCAAAGAGCGACGGAGUUGGCACAGGCAGAAGCAGCAGCACGGCGUGCUGCGAAACUGGCCAAGGCUGAGCAGGAUCUUGCAUCGCUCGACACGCUCACAGAUAGGGCCGCGCUGAAAAAAGCGGCACGGAAGAAGAAGGUUGCUGAUCCCAAGCUCAACCUGCUCAAUGCAGAUGACUCAGAUUUUGGCGAAGAGACGUCUCUCACAGCUCACGAAGCUGCUGAGAAGGCCAAGAAGAAACGAUCACUGCGCUUCUACACAUCGCAAAUUGCUCAAAAGGCCAACAAACGCGAUGCUGCUGGCAAGGAUUAUGGCGGUGAUGCCGAUAUUCCACACCGCGAGCGCCUAAAAGAUCGACAAGCCCGUCUUCAGGCUGAAGCUGAGAAGCGCGGUCAGCAAAAGGACGCCGGUCCAGGCGUAGCUCUCGGCGAUGAUGACGGCGCAUCCUCUGCUGAUGAGGCGCCAGCCAACAACGGCGACGACUUCGAGGACGAAGACGGCUACUACGACAUGGUUGCUGCUCGCUCCAACGACAAGAAGCAAGCGAAACUCGAGCGCGCAGAAGCAUAUGCCCUGGCCAAACAACAAGGUGCCCAAGUCAUUGAAGAAGAAAUCAUCGGCGACGAUGGCCGUCGUCAAAUCUCUUACCAAAUCCAGAAGAAUAAGGGAUUAACACCACACCGCAAGAAGAGCGUAAGGAACCCCAGAGUAAAGAAGAAGGAAAAGUACAAGGAGAAGCAAAAGAAGCUCAAGAGCAUGAAGCAAGUCUAUGACAAGAGCGCUGCAGCCAAGGGAAGCGCUAGCUACGGUGGUGAACUGACGGGUAUCAAGAGCGGGCUGGUUAGGAGUAGAAAGUUAUAGACGGGAACAAAAGGCCCGAGUCUUGUCUUUUUUUUUCUUGCAUACGACCAAAAUACCAUUUUUUAUUCCCCGCACUGUACAUAAUCAAGGCUGUUGGGGGAAGCAGCACAAAAGCGAGAGAAACGGAUCACGAUGUCCAUGCCACAACGCGUUAUACUUGUCUUCUUCAUCAUCACCAAAUCCCAUCACAAGACCAAUUCAAAAGCAAUCCUGUAACCAGAAACAUUAUUCAUUCAUGGAAGGGCAAGGCCA